AUGAAUAAAUAUUUACCUAAAUUCUCGACUAUAAAUACGCAGUGCAGACCCACUGAUAAUCAUCUUUCAGCUCGUCUUGUUGGUAACCGGUCCAGGACAACUAACAGGUACUUAUACAUUUUUAAUAAUUAUAUUGUACAUUAUCGAGUGAGUUAGUUUUUUUUUUUUUUAACAUAUUCCAAAUAUACUCAAAUACUCCAUAUUCAAAAUUAUAUAAAUUUUAUAUUUGUAUUAUAUGUAUAUAUAUAUUCUAAAUAUUCUACAUGCGAAACUAAAUUAUUUUAAAUUUGAAUAGAUUUCAUUAUGUAUGUAAAACUCUCGACAUUUCUAUUCACAUUAAGUCGAUAUAUUUAUCCAAUAAAACUAGUCUACGUAAAGUAAUUUUACCCGGCGGAAAUAAGUUUCUAGUGCACUUGGUUAUAUUUUUUAUUUUUUCUGUUACCGAAUUUAAUAAAUGCUAUUUUUAUUAUUGCCACUUAAAAAAUACGAUCGUAAAUCAUUACAUAUUAUAUUAUUUUAUACAAUAUAGGAUUUUGGUAUUUUUUUUUUAAUGUAUAAAUUCGGGAUCUAAAAUAUAAUAUAAUAUUGUUAUACGCUGAUUAAAAAAUAAUAAUAAAUCCGUCGAACAACCUUCUAAUAAUAUUGUAGACUCACACAUUUCGAACGAUUAUCGACGAUCACUCUAUAAUGCAAAAUCGUAAAAAAGGCUAAUAAAAAAAAAAAUACGCUUUUACGAUAAAUCAUUAACAAACGAUAAUGCCAACGAUUGUGUUGUUACAGGAUGAGAGCGUCAGUAUUUUAUGUUAGCGUUCUGGUCGCGACCGCACUAGCAUGUCCGUUACAAACGGACACGAAUAAAUGCUCUUCCACUCCAGUUCCAAAGAUCGUCCCGCUUCAAUGGCAAGUCCAGACGUUCACUAGUCAAUACGUAAGUGACGAAUGUUCGAGUAUUAAAAUCGUAUAAAAAUCGAGUAGCCCCAUAGAGAUACACGGCACCAAUAUUCGUAUUUGUUACCCUUCAUACUAUUAAACAAUAACCAUUUCGGUUGAAAUCCGAUUUUUAGUCGAACCUACUCACUCGGCCAUAUAUUCGAAUAUUACUAUACACGUAUAAUUCUAUCCCACCCGUCUGCAAUUUUUAACCCGUCAAAUUUGGAAUUUCAAGAAAUCGCGUAUAUAGGUACAUACUUACUGCUACUAUAAUACAAUGAUUUUUAUAUUCGUUUGUAUCCGAUCGUCAAUAUCUUACAAAUGACUGCGAGUGCAGGACUUCGCUAUAAAAUAUGAAUGUUCUAUUUGGUUUAAAUUAAACAGGUUUAAAACAUUACUAAAGACUACUAAACGAAAUCAUCGUCCUGUUAGUAGGAUCGUUUAAAUUUAAAAUCGGGAAAAUUACGGUAAAGCAUAUAUAUUAAUACGAGCUUAUAAACUAAUAACGUCCAAUUAAUUUGUAUUUUUUUUUUCAUUUUUAAUUAAUACUGUUUUCGACGUUUCCUGUAGGCCACCGUAGCUUUCCAGGGAGCAUGGUACCUCCAAAUGGCCACUCCGACAUGCAUUGACGGUGCAAAUCCAUUAAAAACUGGACUUUUCUGUACGUAAAUUGAGAAUAUUAUUUUAAACUUGUAUUAUUUAAAUUUAAACAAAUAAAUUAUCAUUAUUUCGAUUUUCUUAAUCACCAACAGAUAGCGUCUACCCUAGCUCUUGUAACAGAGUAAUUUUCUACGAUAAUACCCCUACCAACAAGGACGAUUUCAAUUUGAACUAUUACAUGUUGGACUCAUCUUUCAACCUAAUGUAAGUAUCCAUAACAAUUUCGGUAUUAAAUGUUUCGAAAUGUAAAAGAAAAAUCAAAGAAUUUUCGAAUUACGUUGAAUUAUUACCAUUUUAUAAGAUCCGAAUUAUGUAACAUACAAUCGUUCAGGAACGAGUCUGAUAUGAUAAAAAAGAAAAUGUACAAUAAUUGUCGUUUAUUAAGCUCAAAAUAAUCUAUAGUCUAUACAUAUAAAUGAUUAAAUUGCAUCAGGUUAAAUUUUGAUAAAUUUAAUUCGUCAAUUACCGAUUUAGUGAUUUUUCAGGAUUUUAGAAUUAUGUGAUAUUAUUUAUUUAAGUGUCUACAUAGUAUAGUAUAUUGUAAUGUAUUAUACGAUAUUUACGUUAUUAUGAUCCUGUAAUAUUCCAAUCGAAAUUCUAACCGCAACAAAUAAACUAAUAAUGACAACAUUCAAAAUUCAAAUUUACAGUUCACGUGAUACAUUUUAUACUUUUCAAUAUUUUGAUACUUAACUCAACCAAUAAUUUCGAUUAUAAUUCGCAAUACAAUGAACAAUAUGAAAUAAUAUAAGCCAUUUCGUAUCGUUUAUUUAAUUUCAUUAUAUAAGUAUAAUUUUUCUCCAAAAUUUCGUUGUUCGUUUCAAACGCAUUAGAAUUAUUUCUUGAAAAUCACAACCGUAGCAGGUAUUUAAAUUUGAAUGAAAUCUGCAGAGAUUCUAGACUGUAAACAGCUAUAAUAAUUACUAAACAAAUAAUAAUAUUACUAUAUUAUUUUCAGAACUCAAACCAUCGAUACUAGCCAAUCGGUUUUCAGACCAGCAUAUCCUAAUACUAAUCUUGCCAUAUUCAACAUCGGUACACAACCAACCUGUAAGUUACAUAAUUAAAUAAUAUUAUAUCAAUCGUUCUAUAUAAAUAAUUGACAACGAAUACAAUGGUUUUUUUUUCCUUUUUUUAGACAAAACGGCAAUCAAGGAAAUCAAUCCGUUUGAAGACAGUGAAUUAGUCAAAUACAAGUUGGACAGUUAUUGUAAGUUAUCCGAAAUCGCGGAGUACGAAAAUCCGUAAAUCUUAUGAAGUACUUAUUUAUGUUUUAUGUAACUUUCUAUAAUUACAGACCAAAGUGAUUACACAAUCGCCAUUAUCGGAAAGGACAGUGAAUGGGCAGAAUACAUGGUGUUCGUAGUACUCAAUGAAUAUGAAAAUCUUUUCAACAGCGGUAGGAAUCAAACGUUAUUGACCUAUAUGGAAAAUAAAAAUAAUAACUGAAUCAAAUUUACUCAUAUUUCUAGGAGCCGAUAAUCACAUUAUAUGGGUGUUCAGCAGAGCCAAGAACCCCGGUUGCGCAACAUACAAAAAAGCCUUCGACGACAUCCAGGCAAGCGGCUUGAAUCCGUACCGUUUGAUUAGCGUUGAUCAAUCGAUCGAUUUGACGACAGUGCCAACAAUCACAGAAGACGAUAUCAAAGGAGUUGUAAAAAAAACCACCGAAACGGAAGAAUUGUCAACGUCUUCAUCCGACGGCGUAAUCACGUCAUCAUCUAAGAAAACUACCAUCGAAGAAACUACCUGCCUCUCGACCGUUGAUUUCACCGUAAAUCCAGCAUUUAGUACACCGUUCAAAUACGAACCCUUCGAUUUGUCCGGAAACGUCAAAAUUUUAAGAGAUCUAACGCUCCAACAGGUAAGGAUUUUAAUUCAUAAUAAUAUUUUUUUAUAUAUUUUUUAAUAUACGUUAUACUAUUGCCAAAUUAUGUUUUCAACAGUAUGCAAGCGCUCUUAGCGGAAAAUACUACCUCAAUGCGGCUACACCCAUAAAGUGUUCAGACAAUGGAAAUCCAGGUCUUUUAAGUAAGUUCCGUGUUUUCAAACUUUUCUACAUUAUUCACGAUUUAAAGUCAGAAAAAAAAAUGCCAUCAACAUUAACUUAUUAUUUUUUGUGUAGAUACGGUUUUCCCGUUGUCUUCCCUGCAAAUAACUAUCGACGGUACCGACAGUAAUCCUUGGACGUAUGAUGAUCAAUACAUGAUGGCUGAACGCAGUAUCAAUGCGAUGUAAUUAUCAUUAUAUAACAUAGGUAGUCUUGUUUCAAUAAGUUAAUAUAAUCUCGUUUUAUUACAAUAUUUUAGCACCGGUGAACAGGUAAUUACAAGAAACAUUCUUCAACUUCCGUACAACGACGGAAGCUCGCCGUAUGCUUCAGUCCUGGUCUACACUGAAGGAUAUUGUAAGAUUCAACAUCGCUAUAAAACAUUAUUAUUAUUGGCGUAAUAUAAUAAUGAAUAAUAUUUAUUUUGAUUUUUUUUUUUUUUUUACAAAUUUAUAGACGACAGUUCUAUUCAAGAAGUUACUCCGUUUUCUUACGAUAAAGUAACCAUAAAAAGUCCCUCUGAUAUAUGUAAGUUUUGUAUUGUGUACGCUUAAACGUUUACUUUAACGUAGUCAAUUUUAUUAUUUUUGAACUUCGUAGAAAUGCCUAUUCACAAAUUUAUCACUUUGUUUUCAGACAAACAAAAGUACAUUGUGGGUAUAGCCGCAUAUAAACCAAACAGUUAUUUGAUGUUGUACGUGUAUAACCAAUUCCCCAACCAAAUGUACCGUAAGUGUAUUAUAAUAUAAUAUACUAUUAUGUUGAUCAAUAAGUCAUAUUUUUCAAUAUUUUCGUAUUCUUAUUUUUUAUUUUUUUAUAAACAGCGAACAACCCCGUCAACCCGUUCUAUGUCUUUACCAAAGACAGGAUUGUACCGAAAUCUGUCAACGACGACAUUACUCAAGAAAUCCUUCGCAGUGGAUACCUCCCGAGCAACCUGGUCCAUACGGAUCAAACAAAUACAAUCGAUGACGACUAUACAUUCGACAAAUCGUUUUUCUAUCCCAGUCCUACAAUAUCGCCCUCGACACCAAAUUCCCCAAUUGGCACACCCAGCCCACUGGGAGGCAUAGGCCCGUUAUCACAACCGACCUAUCCCAACGGUGUAAGUCCUAGAGGCCUUGGCCCAAUAGUGCCACCGAGCUCCUGCCCCUCAUCAAUCCCACCAGCAUGGCAAGUGAAAACAUUCGAUAGCCAACAGGUUCGUAAUAUACAGGUUAUAAUAUUCAACCAAUUAUCAAUAUUUAAUCGCAUUUCAAUCAGUUUAACACAUAGGGUUCCUUCAAUAAAUAUAUUCACAAAAAAAAAAAUAUAAUAAUAAUAUGUAAUUGUAAAGCAUAUUUAUUUAUUUUUUCUAAAAAAUUCAAUAUACGGUGGUACUCGUCUUAAAUAUGAUUAGAAAAAAAAAUAUAUUGUAUUUUAAUCGCCUUGUCCGUGUAUUUAAAAUUGAUUUUUAACCACUUAUAACUUAUGCGAAGCAAAAACUAAAUAAUCGUCGUUUAAAAUGUUUAGGGAACAAUUAAUUUCCAAGGAACGUGGAAUCUCCAACUUGCAACUCCCACGAAAAUAAAUGGCUUAAGCCCGGUUAAAACUGGAUUGUUUGGUAUGACGUGAAAUAUCUCACUCGACAAACGAAAAUAUUUUAUAGUUAUUUUCUAAACUUAUAUUUUUUAUUAUAGCCGACUUAUUCCCGUGCACCAAAAUGAGAUCCAUAUUCUUGGACACUACUCCGGGUGAUAAUAAUGACUUUAACACGGACUAUUACUGGUUGGACUCGUCUUUUAAUCUUCUGUAAGUAUAUUAAAACAAAUGGGUUUAGCUAGAACAUUCAAUUUAAAAUUUAAAAACUUAUUCCGAGCGAAAAAAAAUCGAAAUUUAUAAAUACAACAAUACAUAUAACAAUUAAUAACCGAUUUUUUUUUCAAGCACCCAACAAGUCGAAACGGUACAAGGUCUGUUCAAAGCAGCGUACCCAUCGACGAACCUUGCCUUGUUCAACGUCUGCGUACCGAAAUACUGUAAGCCAAUAAUUAUUAUCUAUACGGCCAAACUUGACCGAUUAUUUCCAAGACAAUCGCACAAAUUUACUGUAUUUUGUUUUCGUUUUACAAAUCUAUCAGGAAUUUCUAAAUAACAAAUCACUAAUCAUCAAUUUUAUUGACAGUACAAAUUAAUAUUAUAACUCAAUUCGUUUUUCAGAUUCGCAGCCAAUCCCCGAAACAAAUCCGUUUGAUGACAAAGAUGAAGUCAGAUACAAACUCGACAAUAUAUGUAAGUGAUAUUGAAUAAUUUAACAUUUUAUGUUCGUUACACAUAACAAUAUUGUAAUAUUACAGACGAAAGACAAUACACGGUGGCCGUUAUCGGCGGCGAUGAUGAUUGGUCGGAAUAUCUUGUUUUCGCUGUUGUCAACAAAUACAACAACAUAUUCAGCGGUAAGUAAUUUAAAAAAUUACCAAUAAUAUGUAUGGUAUAUGAACAGUGAACAUACAAAUUUAUAAUAUGCUAAAGUAUAGGAUUGCUAACUGCCAAAUCUCAUUGAUGCUUUUGGUUGAAGCCACGUGGUAGCUAUUUACUUCGAGAUCCAUGGUCUUAUCAUAUAGGCAUUAUAUUAUAUUGUGAUAACUGUAGUUGUAUCUGUUUUCUUACCAUUAAUACCACGAUGACCAAGACCAUAAUUUUUAAUAAUAUAACACAGAUAAAACAGUUAUCACGAUAUAAAAGUGGACGAUUAGGCUCACGGAGCAUUGAAUUAAAUGACUGAUUGAAAAUCCACGUUAUAUCACCAGUUAGUAAUAUAGUUAAUUAUAUAUAGGUAUAUACAUAUCUAUAUAUAAAAGCGAACAUUCUGUGUAUAAUAUCAUCAAUUUUUUUAACGAUUGUAGAAAAAGUCAUAAUCAAAAAAUGUAUAUUAACUCAUUUUUUUACUCACUAUUUCUAGGACCCGAUGAUUACAUUUUAUGGAUGUUCACCAGAAGCGAAAACCCCGAUUACUCAACAUACAAAAAGGCUUACGAUGACAUCAUUGCCAGCGGUUUGAAUCCAUACGGUUUGAUGAACGUCGAUCAAUCGAUCGAUUUGUCUUCGAUACCGACGGUCUCGCAAGACGAUAUCAACGGAGUAGUACAAAAGACCACCAUCAAAACUGAAGAAAGGGAAGAGAAGAUCACGUCCUCAGACGGUCUCUCAUCCAGCUUGAGCAGCUUAUCUACGAAACAAACCACCGUCGAGACCACAUCAGUCUCACCCUUCAAUGUCGUUUUAAAACCGGACUAUGUGUCGCCGUACCAACUCGAUGUCUACAAAUAUUCCCAAGGCAUCAAAAUCCUAGAAAAUUUGCCGCCAUCGGAAGUGAGGAAAAAUAAUUAUUAUUUUCCGCAUAGCCGCGUAUCAGAAUAAUUUAAUAUUAUUAGCGUUUUAUAACAUAGUAUCAUAAUACCGAUAAUAUAAUGAAUUAUUUUGUGUUGAAUAGGUGAGAAGGGCUUUCAGCGGAAAAUACUACGUCAAUAUGGCCUUACCCAUGUCAUGUGGCAACGAUGGAAAAGCCGGUAUCUUAAGUACGUGUUAUCCGCCCGAACGCAAUAUUGUUUACAUUAGUUUUAGCUUUUAAAAAACUCUCAUUAAUUGCAUAAACGUUUAUCGAUUCGUGUAGAUACGUUAUUCCCGUCGGCAUCUUUGUACGUACAGUUCGAAGAAUUUGACCAGACCGAUUGGAGUUCGUCCAAACAAUACAUGAUGAUGGACGGAGGUUUAAACGUGAUGUAAAUAUAAUUAAUAAUACUAUACUCUAUAGACAAACAAAAAAAGCCUAUCGGAGAUUUUUAUCAAUUGUAUACUGACCCAAAUACUAUCGCGUAAUAAAAUUGCAGCACCGGUGAAGUGGAUAAGACGAGAACCAUCGUUCAAUCUGCCUACGACCAAUCUUGCCAGUUUAAUACAUACAUUUUCUACACCGAAGGAUAUUGUAAGAUUCACCACCACUAUAAUAACUAUCCAAAUGCCACUAAAUACUAAAUACUUUAAUAUUUAUUUUGUUUUCGUGUAAAUACAUAUUAUAGACACGAGCACCGUAUCAGAAGUUAAUCCUUUCGAUUACAGUGAUGUCAUUAGCAAAUCUCCCGGCGACAUAUGUAAGUAGUAUAUUUUAUGGGUUCAAAUGCAGUACCUGACUAAUUAUUUGUUAUUUUAAACGCUCGUUUACAAAAUGUUGUCAAUUUACUUACAGACCGUGAUAAAUAUAUGGCCGCAAUUGCAGCAUACAAACCCGACUCGUAUUUAGCUUUGUACGUGCAAAACCAGUUUAAGAACAACGUAAACGGUUAGUAUAACAGCUUUGUUAUCCCAAACCCCUUAUUUCAUGUUUUAUUUUUUGAUUCUGAUGAAUAACGUGUUUAUUUACAGACCAAGAUUACAAGAACCAAAUGUACGUCUUGACCAGGGACAGAAUAUUAUCGAAAGAUCAAAUCGAUGAGAUCACCCAAUCAAUCGCUUAUACCGGAUACGAUGUAUCCAAUCUAAUCUACAUUGACCAGACCAAAUUGAUCGAAGAACAGAUUAAAUUGGAAUCAUCAUACUUCCAAAUAAUCUCUGAAUCAUCGUCUUCGUCUACGUUUCAAUCGUCGUCAACUCUUUCCGUAAUCGAGAAAAGUUCAACGUUGGAGACGUCUUCGUCUAACCUUGAAGUUAUCUCAAGCUAAUGAAAAAAAAAAAAAAAACAAUGAUUUUACUAUAGUUAACGCACAUUAAAAUUUUAAGAUUAUUAUAUAUUUUAAUAUUUACUUUUGAUUCGACUAAACAAUAAACACAUACAUUUAUUAUAAUACUGAGUUUUCAAUAUUUCAUAUUUCAUUAUUUAUGCACGAAACCGAUAGCAAUAUUACUGCAGAUGAAAAUUGAAAAAAGUAAAAACAAUCGUCGUAAAUAUGCAUUACAUAUGCAGAUGAUCAGAGUAAAAUAUAGUUGUUACUACUGCC